UCAAAGCGGCGUGAUGGGAGAGCGAGUGGAACCGGUGGUUCCAGGUCCGGACUUGGUGGGUGUGAACGUGGAAAGGCCGAUGAACAUGGCUCACCAGCAGUCUUCCCUCUGGAACAAACGACAGCAAGCCGUGUGCGUACGGCACGCUUUUAAACAUUACGGCUCAAAGAAGAAUCCAAAUCACGUACUUAGCGACCUGAACAUGACCGUAGCCAAAGGAACCAUAUAUGGUCUACUAGGAGCUUCAGGCUGUGGUAAAACGACCCUCCUGUCCUGUAUCGUAGGAAGGCGGAGGUUGAACACAGGAGAAAUAUGGGUGUUGGGCGGGAAGCCGGGUACCAGGGGUUCGGGUGUGCCAGGCAAACGGGUGGGGUACAUGCCACAGGAAAUAGCCCUGUAUGGGGAGUUUUCCAUUCGAGAAACGAUGCUCUACUUCGGCUGGAUCUUCGGCAUGAACACAUCGGAGAUCAAGGAGAGGCUGCAGUUUUUAUUGAACUUUCUGGAUCUACCUAGUCAAAAUAGGCUGGUAAAAAAUUUAAGUGGAGGCCAACAAAGAAGGGUGUCCUUCGCCGUAGCCUUAAUGCACGAUCCAGAAUUGCUCAUCCUUGAUGAGCCGACAGUUGGAGUGGAUCCUCUACUUAGACAGAGCAUCUGGAAUCACCUGGUUCAAAUAACGAAAGACGGCAACAAGACUGUGAUCAUCACUACGCAUUAUAUUGAAGAAGCUAGGCAAGCACACACAGUAAGUCUAAUUAUACU